AUGGCCCAACCAAACCCCUACCUUCUGGCCUGCGACAACCCCGCGGCGCUUCUGGAUCUGCUGCGGUCCAAUCCCUCCCUCGCAUCGUCCCAGGACGAGUCCGGCUAUUCGCUGCUACAUGCCGCCGCAUCCUACGGCCACGAAGAUCUCCUACGCGCCCUUGUUAAAGAAUUCAACGUUAGCGUCAACCUUCUCGAUGAAGAUGGCGAGACCUGUCUCUUCGUCACCGAACAACCCAAUAUCGCACGUUGCUUGAUUGAAGAGCUGGGCGUGGACUACAACAAGAAAAAUGCGGAGGAUAUGACUGCGGUGGAAAAGAUGGAGGCCGAUGAUGAAUUCCCCCAGGUUGUUGCCUACCUUCGGGAAGUUGUCGGCGGUGCGCCGGCCUCCACAGCCUCCUCUGGCGAUGUUUUCAACCCUCCCGGACCUAUUCCCAAUAGCGACAUGAAGAUCAACAUGAGCACAAUGACCGAGGAAGAGGCUACUGCCGGUGAGAGCGAACCCGAUCCCGAGUUCAAGAGGCGCAUUGAAGAGCUCGCAACUCGCGAAGAUUAUUACAGCGAGGAAGUUCAAAAUGAAGUUCGCGAGCUGGUUAAGGAUGCCAUGGCAGGAACCAAUAUUCAGGCUAUGGAGCGGGAGAUCCGGAGGCGAACAGAUUAA